GCCUCCUGCUCUUCCCUCGGGGCCGGCGCUGGAGCCGGGGGGAGAGGCGGCUCGGGGCCUGGGCUGGCCGAGGAUCUCUUUGCGCCUCCAGCGAGGAUGGCCGUUCCGCGGAGCUGCUGGCUUCUGGCGCUGCUGCUCGCCACCGCCGCACCUGGCGGGCAGUUGUACUUACAAGCCAAGACUUCUUGUAGCACUGAGCAACAUUAUGAAUAUUCUGGACGAUGCUGCCUCAAAUGUGAACCAGGAAAGUACGUGGCCCAAAAAUGCACUGCCUUUUCGGAGACCGUUUGCAGACCCUGUGGCUCAAAUGAGUAUAUGGACAUUUGGAAUGAAGAGGAAAAGUGCUUCCUUCAUAAAAUAUGUGAUAGGGGAAAAGCUUUAAUAGAAGUGAUUCCAGGGAACAGCACAUCCCAAAGACAGUGUGCCUGUACUGCUGGCUACCAUUGGAACAAAGACUGUGAUUGUUGCCGUCGAAACACAAAAUGUGCUCCUGGUUCUGGAGUGAAAUUUCCCAUACAGCAAGAUAAGAAUACAGUGUGCGUACGGUGUCCCACUGGUUAUUUUUCUAAUGUCUCCUCUGCAACUGAUCCAUGCAAAUCCUGGACAAAUUGCACAGCUUUGGGAACUGAGGAAAAGAUUCCUGGGAACACUUGGUCUGAUGCAGUUUGUAAGAUCCAAGAGAAAACUCAUUCAGAAGAUGUUUUUCAUUUUCCAGAAAACAAGAAAUUAUUUUACGUGUUGAUUGUUCCAUUCCUCCUCAUUGCCUUGGCUGGUAUAAUUAUCCUUACUGUAUAUUAUCGAAGUAAGGGAAAACUACUGACAGCAGAUUUACAAUACUGGGCCCAGGAAAUAUGCCACCAAAUUAAAGGGAAAAAGGAUUCCUCUUGUGAUACAUUUGUAAACACAAACGCAGCACAUCCUGCUGGCCUUCAGCUUUUGGGAGACACGUAUUUGGUGGAUCCUGACAAAUAUUGCUUUCCAGAUGAGAUGCAUUACCCGUGUGAGCACCUCCUGGGUAGAAAAGAUGAUCCUGAGAAAAUACUUUACGGGUCAGGAGGAAAUUUCCCACCAUUGUUUCUAACUACCAUCUCUGAAGAUGACCACUUGAGACAGAUUCCUAUGGAAGAUGAAUACACAGACAAAGUAUCCCACGGGCAGUGUUAUUUACCUUUAGUCAGCCAAUCUGAUAGCAAACCCACAUCACCCUUCUCUGAACCGCUAGAAGUGGGAGAGAACGACAGCUUGAAUUACUUCUUCACCGGAACGGAAAAUCUGGAAGAAUUAGGACCCUGCUGUUGCUUAGACCCGCCAUGUGCGAUGGAUCCUCUUCAGGCUUCCUCACACAAAUACCUGCCGGGUUCUUGUAACCAUUUCACUUGUGCCAAGAGGAGAGAGGUUGAUAAUGAAGAUGCAGGUACUUCCCGGCUAUUGUCCGAAGAAAAGCAGAGUUUUGCCACCUCAUCUUCUAGACAACCUCCUAACGAACUGGACAAUGCCGCAGAUUCCUUAAAAGAAAAUGGAUCUCCUCUGCUAGGCACCUGUGGUUUGAAAUCUUCUUCGCUAGACCAAAGUGGGCCGCCAAACAAUAUUGGAGACCAAAGUGACUCACCUGAUGUUGGAAAGGACCAGAAUACAAAAAGAACAUCGGAGUCAAGCUACAAUGCUUCAGAUCCACCAGCAGCAUCCGGAAAUGUGACAGGAAACGGGAACUCUACAUUCAUUUCAAGCGGACAAGUCAUGAAUUUUAAGGGCGAAAUUAUUUUUGUCUACGUUACUCAGAACUCCCAGGAAGGAUCAAUGUCUCCUGGAUCAAGUGAUGACAGCCUGGGGAACCCAGUGCAAGAGGAAAACUUACACCGCUGUGAGACCUUUGCAGGAAACUCUGAGCAGUAUAAAGAAAAAUGUGCCGAAAUCAAUAGGUAUCACAGCAUGGAAUCUGGAGAACCUCAAAGCACCGUAGAAGGAUACAGGAGGACUUUCGGGCCUAUUGGUCAAGAAGAGAAUUGUGAAAGCCAGAAGAAGCCGUUCUCUCCUGAAGGCUCCCAGCCUAUACAAGAGGAAGGGAAGCCAGGAUAUUCUUAAAGGAGAUGGUGCAUUGAUGCAGACUAAUGCUCGUUAUUGGUAUUCAGUCAACUACCAUUCACUGAACACGAUCUGGAAAUCUGGAAGAGCCGAGGUGGCGCAGUGGUUAGGGUACAGUAAUGCAGGCCACUUCAGCUGACUGCUAUCUGCAGUUCG